GGGGUGACAGGGAGCAAAGUAAGUAAGGAGUACAAGUGGAUAAAACCGCUAUCUCUAAUAUAUAAUAAUGGGAGUAGAUGAAGGAGUGAGGGGAGAGUGCGGGGCAAGUCCAGGCAGCAGCAGAGUAAAUGAGAGGUAAGGAGAUCAUGAGAGUUUCCUGAAAGACAUCCACCCACCCCACAUGUCCCAUUGGCUGCACAUUGCAUGGAUGGAAUGGACAUGUUUAAUGGCGGUGCCUCUAGAAUGAGUCUGUCCUAUAGGGGCUCACCAGCGACCUUUUAGUGACCUCGUCUAGCAGAGCUGCUGUCACUUUAAAACUGUCCCGAGAGAGGAGCCCGUGUCCUUACAGAGAGGGACAGAGAGUGGGAGACAGAGCCGAUCCUCCUCUUUCUGCAUGGCCGGUCUGAUGCUCUUUAAAGAGACACAACAUGACACAAGGACCUGCACGGUUUGUUGUGAAGACUCGAGAAAGGGACGGUCCCGGGAGGACUUGAGCCCGAGUUAACGUUACAGCAGGAUUAGUGACAUAGAGGGAGCUGAAGCCCAGUGUCCCGUGCUGAGUUACUGACACUGGGGAGAGCAGGCAAUGUCCUUCCACUGACAACUCUCCAACCUACCGGGAUCCAGGCACUGGCACCAGCAGCCUGACUUACUGGCCCCACUGUAAUCCUCAUACACCUGCACUGUAAACCUUAUAUACCUGCACUGUAAACCUUAUACAUCUGCACACAAGCCUGCCUGGGAGAGCCCGAGGGACUGCACUGGGACACGCCGGGACAGACCUAAUGCUCAGCAGACAAACUUCACAGGACAAACCCUGAGCGCUGCCAGUCUGACGUCUCCUCGUGGAUCAGUCGCGUUAAUGUGCAAAACUGUCACCCCAUGACCCAGAGCAAAGGAUUAGCAGUGUGACAGGCCGGUUUUCAAGGGGUUUUAGCGAAGUCCGACCCAGGGGCCAGUAAGUCUGACCCUCACACCUACUGGGGAACAAACCAGGCAAGUAGUCGGUGUAACCCGGUAUCACCAGGGCAAAGCGUGGGUUCUGCAUCAUUCAAUCUCAAACAGGGAGAGGAGGCCAAACAGACGAGUAAAAAGGAAUAGCUCGCAGGCAAGUUAAGUCUCACACACAGGACAGGGAGGAGGACUAGUGACCCGACUGCCCCGUAAUAACCCUCCCCGCGGCACAGAACAGUAGUAUCUCCCUCCUGAGGCAGCCGAGCCCCGAGGUGUCACCCGACUGACUGAUAAGAGCGCACAGUGCGAGAGGGAAUCGCUUUGCUCAUACUUUCACUUUCUUUGGAUAAGCUGUGGAAAUUGCUGCCUGUCCGGCCGCUUCAUAUUGGGAAGACUCGCGUGCAGCCUGGGAGCAGAGACCCGGAAUCUGGACUGCUUCUCUUAAUCGGAAUCCCAGUCGGACUUUGUUUCCCUGAACUCGCAGUGCCCAGGUGGGGAUCUGUGCCAGGCCAGUACAGUGCCCUCCGUGUGCCAACCUGCUCCAGCUCGUGACACAAGGUCCUGGAUGAACAUGGGGAUGUGAAAUUCUGCAUUGAUGCCAGCCAGCCAGAUGUGGGCAAUUGGCUAAAAUUGAUAAAGUUUGCAGGGUACUGCAGUCAAGCCAAUCUGGUCGCCUGCCAGCUAAAUGACCAGAUAUUUUACAGAGCUGUAGCUGACAUUGGGCCAGGAGAAGAACUCCUUUUGUUCAUGAAGAGUGAAGAUUAUACCUAUGCAAGAAUGGCUCCAGAUAUCCAUGAGGAGCGCCAGUAUCACUGUGAAGAGUGUGAUCAAUUGUUUGAAUCCAAGACAGAGCUGAGUAACCACCAGAAAUACUCCUGUGGUACACCCCACUCAGCCUUUUCACUAGUGGAGAACAGCUUCCCUCCAAUCCUAAAUGAUGACAGUGACCUCACAGAGAUGCAGCAUGCUCACGAGUGCAAAGAAUGCGAUCAAGUUUUUCCAGACAUGCAAAGCCUGGAGAAGCACUUGCUGUCCCAUACAGAGGAGAGAGAGUACAAAUGCGAUCAGUGUCCCAAGGCCUUUAACUGGAAGUCCAACCUAAUCCGCCAUCAGAUGUCACAUGAUACAGGGAAGCACUAUGAAUGUGAAAACUGUUCCAAGCAGGUUUUCACAGAUCCUAGCAACCUCCAAAGGCACAUUAGGUCCCAGCAUGUUGGAGCCCGUGCACAUGCUUGUUCUGAAUGCGGCAAAACCUUUGCUACAUCAUCAGGUCUCAAGCAACACAAGCACAUUCACAGCAGUGUCAAGCCCUUUGUAUGUGAAGUCUGCCAUAAGUCAUAUACUCAGUUCUCCAAUCUCUGUCGGCAUAAGCGCAUGCAUGCGGAUUGCAGGACUCAGAUCAAAUGCAAAGACUGUGGGCAAAUGUUCAGCACCACAUCAUCACUAAAUAAGCACAGGAGGUUUUGUGAGGGGAAAAAUCAUUUUGCUGCAGGAGGAUUGUUUAGGCAAGGCAUUUCUCUUCCUGGAAACACAGCCAUGGACAAAGUUUCUAUGAUUGGUAUGAACCAUGCUGGGCUUGCAGACUAUUUUGGUGCUAGUCGGCAUGCUGCUGGUCUCACGUUCCCAACAGCUCCUGGAUUUCCAUUCAGUUUUCCUGGUCUGUUUCCAUCAAGUCUUUAUCACCGACCCCAUUUGAUACCUCCUGCAUCACCGGUGAAAGGGCUUCCAGGUGUUGAACAGAGCAACAAGAGUCAGAGUCUCCAUGUGAACCAGCCUCAGGUAUUACCAGCAACACAGGACAUUUUAAAAGCACUAAAUAAGCACCAUUCUGUAGAUGAAAAUAAGGCUCUGGAGUUCAUAACAGAGAAUAAUCUGAACCAGAGACCACAUGAAAAGGUAAGCGACCAUUCAGAGAGUACUGACCUUGAUGAUGUCAGUACUCCGAGUGGGAGUGACUUGGAGACAACCUCUGGCUCUGACCUUGAAAGUGACAUUGAAAGUGAUAAAGACAAACUGAAAGAAAAUGGUAAACUAUAUAAGGAUAAAAUCAGUCCUUUACAGAGCCUAGCUGCACUAAAUAGUAAAAGGGAAUACAAUAAUCAUUCAGUUUUUUCACCAUGCUUAGAGGAACAGACUGUGACAGGGGCAGUGAAUGACUCUAUUAAAGCUAUUGCUUCCAUUGCUGAGAAGUACUUCGGUUCAACAGGACUGGUAGGGUUGCCAGAUAAAAAGGGCACUUCGUUACCAUACCCUUCUAUGUUCCCCCUUCCAUUUUUCCCAGCAAUCUCUCAGUCAAUGUAUACAUUCCCUGAGAGAGAUGUAAGACCGUUACCUUUAAAGGUGGAACCAGAAUCGCCAAAAGAAUCUAAGAAAGUGCAAAAGGGGACAACCGAAUCGGCCUUUGAUCUUACUACCAAAUGUAAAGAGGAAAAGGCUAGCCCAAAUGCGCCCUCAAAAUCUGGUGCUCCUACAUCUUCAAAACAUGAACAGCCUUUGGACUUAAGUAUGGGCAGCAGAAGCCGAGCCACUACCACAAAACAGACAGAAUCCAGAAAAAAUCAUAUCUUUGGUGAGAAAAAAGACAUUGACUCAGAACUAAAAAAAACAUCUGAGCACUUCUUACAACAUGCAAGACCUGCACCGUUCUUCAUGGAUCCUAUAUACAGGGUAGAGAAGAGAAAAACGAUGGAUCCUCUGGAAGUUCUAAAGGAAAAAUAUUUAAGGUCAUCCUCAGGGUUCUUAUUUCAUCCGCAGUUCCCUCUGCCAGACCAGAGAACUUGGAUGUCAGCAAUAGAAAACAUGGCAGAAAAACUGGAAAGUUUCAAUGCCCUCAAACCAGAAGCCAAUGACCUUAUACAGUCUGUUCCUUCUAUGUUCAGUUUUCGAGCUUCAUCAAGUGCCCUACCUGAGAAUCUUCUUCGGAAGGGAAAAGAACGCUAUACUUGCAGGUACUGUGGAAAGAUUUUUCCAAGAUCUGCAAAUCUUACUCGGCAUCUACGGACUCAUACUGGAGAGCAGCCUUACCGAUGUAAAUACUGUGAUCGUUCGUUCAGUAUAUCUUCAAACUUGCAACGGCACAUCCGCAAUAUCCACAACAAGGAGAAGCCGUUUAAAUGCCACCUGUGUGACAGAUGUUUUGGUCAGCAAACCAACUUGGACAGACAUUUAAAAAAGCACGAAAAUGGAAACUUAUCUGGCACUGCGGCAUCUUCUCCCCAUUCAGAAAUAGAAGGCACAGGCGCGAUCUUGGAAGAAAAAGAGGAUUCUUACUUUAAUGAAAUACGGAAUUUUAUAGGGAACAACAGCCACAACAAGCAGUCCCCUUUAAAUAUAGAUGAAAGAAUUAAUGGCAGCCAUGACAAAAUUAUGCUUACUGGUCAGAAUUCAGACAUAUUGGAUGACGAUGAAAUAGAAGAUGAAGAAAUCCUUGAAGAUGAUGAAGAAAGUGACAUUGACGUUAAAGUGAUGAAGGAACCCAAUGCAAGUGCCAUGCUUAAAAACUGCUCUGAUGAAUUUGAAGAAGAAAGUAAAUCUGAAGUUAACUGCAAAGUUUCACCCAGCAGGCAUGAUGAUGAUGACGAUGAUGAAGAAGAAGAUUUCAAGAAAAGUCUUUCUGCGUUGGACCACAUAAGGCAUUUCACAGACAGUCUGAAGAUACGGAAAAUGGAUGACGGUCAAUUUAAUGAUGCUGAGCUAUCACCUUUCACUGCUUCUCAUCUGACAGAUGACCUAAAGCAUCCAUUGUACAGAAAAUCGAAAUCACAGACAUAUGCAAUGAUGCUGUCUCUGUCUGAUCAGGAAUCCAUGCACCCUACUACUCAUACUUCCUCCAGCAUGUGGCACAACCUAGCCAGAGCAGCUGCCGAAUCCACUGCACUCCACUCCGUGAGCCACGUAUGACAUUUAUCACAUGCCACAGAACAGGACAAAGUCCAGCAAGUAGCAUGUCUCUUCCGUAAAUGACUAUUUAAAAAGAAAGACUGCAGAGCAGGAUGCCUUAUUACCCUGCAGGGUCACAUUGAAAAGGCUUGUGACCUUAAAUGAAAUAAUUUUAAAACAGAAACUAUUUAUUCUCAUUGUAUUGUUUUGUUUUGCACAGCAAAGGCAGCUGCUGAUUUCUGGAGCAAAAAGCAAAAAAACUAUUGACUUUGGAGGGCAAGUAGUCUUUUGGGUAAAAUUAUGUUCAAUUGACAUGUAAAGCACUCAAAUAAAAAAAAAAUAGAAUAUGAGAUUUUUUUGUACACAGUGAUUUACCAGUUGCUUCAGUGUAGAUAAUUUCUAUAACACAGCUUUGUGUAUUGAAACACAGACGUAGUUAUUUACACAUGUACAUUCACUCAAUGUAGAAAUAAAACAGGGAAUCAUUUGUUCUUUCCUUAACGAUGUCUUACUUGCUUUGUGAAGCCCUGAAGGAAUGAUGUGUAUAUUGUGAAUCCUGCAAUGAAUGUCCAGUGCUCAACAAGAGGUGAAGUCAUUAGAGGGCCAAUUAAAUCACUGAUACCACUAAUAUGUCUUACAGUUCAACGUUUGCCAAAUCAGUUUGUUGAUGUUAUAACUUUAGACAAUCAUGUCAGUGUUUUGACUUUUCUUUUUUGGGGGGUUUGUUCAUAUAAUUUUUUUGUUUGUUCUCUUGUAUUUAUUUCUUUUUUUGUUGAAUUUAUUAUAGCACUAUUUCUUCACUUGUAUUUGUAAUACACACUCAGAAAUUGCCCAGGUUGUUGGCAAAUAAUCUGUGUCUGUAUGUGACGAUUAUUGUAUUUCCCAUUUCUGAACAUCCCUUUUCUGUGACCAUCGCUUUCUAUUUCACAUUUUCUAAGUCACAUUUUGCAACUUUGAUGCAACUUCUGCCUUCUGGCCCAGCAUUUUGUUUGAAUGUGCCUCAUGAUAAAUCAAGACAAAGCACCUGCCAGCAUUCCUAAUAAUAAAAUAUCAACUUCAUUGCCCACCCCUCCCAUCGAUUUAGACCAAUGUUCCGUGCUCCACCCUAUAACCCCCAUCCCCUUUUAGAGAAACAACCUCUGAUUUUUCACUGUGUAAACUGGGGACAGGGGACAGGUUAUAAAAAUACAUAAAAGUAUUGAUUUUUGUUCUUUUGUAAUAUAAAUAAUUAGUUCUCCUGUACAAAUUGCUAUUAUUUCUUUCACAAAGGCAUGGCUCUUCUAAUUAAAUCUGUACCCAAUACUUUAUGCUGUUUGUUUGCUCGUGUGAUGUUAUGUUUGUUUGUAAAAUGAUGCGUUCCAGACCUGUUUAUAUGAUGAAAGUGUAUUCACUUAUUUUUUAAACUUCCAUUGAGGGACCAAAUAAAUUUUUUUUGGUAAUCUCAUUUCUAAAUAAUUGGCAACAUGAGGUACUUUCUUUUAUUGCGUUGUAUAACUGUUAUUGUUAUGCAUUAUUUUGGGAGGAGCAAGUACAUGAAAAUAAACAACUUCAAUGUUGAAGGACAAGCUUUAUUUGUUUUCGCAAUUUAAUAUACAUGUAUCAGAGAAGUUUAUGGACAUGGGCAGAACCGAACAAGCACAAGACCACAUACAGCAUGACCAGUCUGAGAUUUUAUAGCCAAUGUGGAGUAGUAA